ACCGCCGAGCCCGGGCCCGCGCUGCCGCCGCUUUCGCUUUCCUCCGCCUUCCUCCCCUUCCUCCGCUCGCUCGCCGCCGCGCCGCGACCCGCCGGCCGUGCGUCCGAGAGGCCAGCCCGAGGGUGUUAAACGGCAAAAUGGUCCAUGCUGAAGCAUUUUCACGUCCCCUGAGCCGGAAUGAAGUGGUUGGAUUAAUUUUUCGUUUAACCAUAUUUGGUGCUGUAACAUAUUUUACCAUUAAAUGGAUGGUUGAUGCCAUUGAUCCGACCAGAAAGCAAAAAGUAGAAGCUCAGAAACAGGCUGAAAAACUAAUGAAGCAAAUUGGAGUGAAAAAUGUCAAGCUUACUGAAUACGAAAUGAGUAUUGCUGCACAUCUCGUAGACCCACUUAGCAUGCAUGUAACCUGGAGUGAUAUUGCAGGUUUAGAUGAUGUUAUUACAGAUUUGAAAGAUACUGUCAUUUUGCCCAUCAAGAAGAAAUACUUGUUUGAGAAUUCCAGGCUCUUACAGCCACCAAAAGGAGUACUUCUCUAUGGUCCUCCUGGUUGUGGCAAAACGCUGAUUGCCAAAGCUACAGCAAAGGAAGCAGGUUGUCGAUUUAUCAAUCUCCAGCCUUCAACACUGACGGACAAAUGGUAUGGAGAGUCUCAAAAACUGGCUGCUGCUGUCUUCUCCCUUGCUAUAAAGCUCCAACCGUCCAUCAUUUUUAUUGACGAAAUAGAUUCCUUCUUACGAAGUCGAUCGAGUUCUGACCAUGAAGCUACAGCUAUGAUGAAAGCUCAGUUCAUGAGUCUGUGGGAUGGACUGGACACCGAUUAUAACUGCCAAGUAAUAGUGAUGGGAGCCACCAACCGUCCUCAGGAUCUUGACUCUGCAAUCAUGAGAAGAAUGCCGACCCGGUUUCACAUCAACCAACCUGCUCUGAAACAACGAGAAGCAAUCCUGAAGCUAAUUUUGAAAAAUGAAAAUGUGGACAGGCAUGUAGAUCUCCUAGAAGUUGCUAAAGAGACCGAUGGCUUCUCAGGCAGUGAUCUGAAAGAAAUGUGCCGGGAUGCAGCACUCCUCUGUGUCAGGGAAUAUGUUAAUUCUGCCUGUGAAGAAGAGACCCAUGAUGAAGAUGAAAUUCGGCCUGUGCAGCAACAGGAUCUCCACAGGGCAAUUGAGAAGAUGAGAAAAUCAAAGGAUGCCACACUGCAGAAUGUUUUGAUGCAUGUUAGUUUAGAUUAAGACAAAAGAGUGUGUUUGCAGUUUCUGAUGUGAUUUAGUUUGACUUCUGUAAUCAGUUAGCAAAAACAAUGUCGGGGGUGGGAGCGGGGAUGUUCCUUGAAUAAGGGAGUUCUGUUUCUGGAAUUGUUUUUAUACAACAAAUUCUAAGUUAUUGAAAUUCCGUCAUGCGCAACUAGAAGUGUAACAAUAGAUCAUGAAGUGGAACAAUUAUAGCCCAGACCAAGAGCAACUGCCUGUGUUUUGUCCCAUACUCAAUACACUGUGUAGCCUUAAAGCAGGUUCUGACGUGGUGCAUGGGUUCAGCGGGUCACCGGUGUGGAGGGGAGACGAUCCAUUACCAGUUUGUGUAUAUACGUACGAGUGUGUGUGUAUGUAUUAAAUGUAUAUAUCCACACCUUUUUUUAUAUAUAGACAUAAUCUGUAGAUAACUUGAGUAUGGAAAAUCUUUUCUACUUACUGAAUCAAACCAAAUCAGAAGAUGUAUAGAUUAAAGAUUCGUCAAUACUCAAUUCACACUUACUUCUUCCUUUUAGCAGCAAAUAUGAAGAUAGAAAUUCUGCUUCUAGAAUAACUUUCAGGCAAAUUGAAACGUUACUGACUUUUCUUUCACAUUACCACUUGAAAUCUGGUGCCAUUUAGUAAAGAUAGUAAACUGCUGUAAAAAUGUCUGAAUACUUUUCAUUUUGUAUGAAUUCUGCUUUUUGAGGCUUUUUAAACAAAUGCUGGUUUUAUUUUUAUUUUUCCCUUGAUGUGAGUAAUUAGAGUAGAAUCUUAACUGGUCUUUCAUAAAGCCCCACAUAUUAUAAGCUCUCUGAAAUUGUGGCUUUCUGAUCUAUUAUGCAUUGUAACGAGGGCUUGCUGCUAUUUAACCUCCUCUGAAGACCCACUUCUGCACCGUGGCAUUGUACCAUGAAGUGUCAUGCGCAUAGCUCUGAGGCGCGGGGUGAGGGGGGUCGUUUUGUGAUGUUUUGCUCUGUCACGUGCUCUGAUCUGCGAAAUUGAAGAGAAGAGAAUGGGUUUUAGGUUUAUAAAUGUGACUUGGUAAUGUUCUGCUGUACUUGCUGGUAACAGUUUUAGUAAAUUCAUGUAACGUUACGUGGUGAUAAAGGCAAAGGGUUAAAAAAUGUAAGUGGCAACAGUGUUUUGGUAAAGUUAUUGUCAGUAGGCUUUCAAGAACUUGAUUUUUCUUCUUACAAUAUUACGAAUUGUGCACUAAUUAAACACAAGUACAUAAUCGGAAUUGUUCAAACCCCUGGGGUGGUAUGCUGUGUCACAGCUCUGCUAGCUAUCGAGGGAAGGUAAGCACUGAAAACGAGAUAAGGAUGUAAAAUGAAAUGCACUGCAAAGUAAACCAAAGACAGCUGGAGGUGGCCAUCGGAGAGUAUCAGGUGCUGGUGCCAAUUUCUGUUAAGCGCAGCUUUCUCAUUGCUGUCCCUUUGUCUGGCAUGCUGGUUGUGUAAUGCAGCAGGUGGGUUUGACCUGAUUUAAUCUCCUUGGGUACCAAACAGGGGGAGGUUUUUUAAUAAUUUAAUAAUUGCUUUGCUUUUUGAUAUGGGGGUAAAAGGUCUAUGGUAAAUGCAUGUUGCUCUAACACAAGGAUGUAGGACGUUAGGCAUGCCAGAAGUACUGGGCUGUGGAAAUCUAAAAAGUCUGGGGUGUGUGGAAUGCUAAUCCCACUAGUCAUGUUAGGAAGUGAUGUAAGCCAGCGCUAGCUCUGGGAGAGCCCGAGUUCAAGCACUAGCCUUAAACAUGCAAAUCGUGCUACUUUUAUUGGAAGCUGGUUUCUUGGGAGGUUUGAAUUAUGUGUGUGCCUGAUGCAGGUCUCCAGCUAUUCAGUUUGUUUUCAGUGCCUGCUCUGACUCCGAUGUUCUCCCAGCCCCUCGCGGUAGCUGUUACACCUGAGAAAGGCCAGGCUGGUGCAAUAAUGCAGCUUGUCCUGCGCCGCCUCCUUUUUUUCAAGGUGCUUCCUACUUAGUGAAGACCUCGUGUGGGCAGCCGAAGAAUGCCAUCUUAAUAAUUUAAUAGAGUGAGUGCAAAGUGUGUUCUCAAGCAAAUUUAAAUGUCAAACUGAGCGCACAGGAAUAGGAACAAACCUUUCACUGUUUGUUUGCAGAUGCUGGGGACAUCCUCUAGUCACUCCGGUUUGGGUGUUUCUCCAAAAACCUGGCUGUUUGCAUGCUGGCUGGAUCUUGCCUUUACCUCAUGCCUGUAAUGCAUUGCUGCGGGUUUCAGGGACUGAUUUGCAGAGGCGCAAGAGGUUAUUUGUAAUUGCCCCUGAGGACAGUUCCCACAGCUGGAGUGCGAUUUCCACUUUUCCAAGGACUUUUCCAUACUUGCCCGCUCCUGCUGCUGCUUUGGGAGUCUUUGUCAAAGCGCAGAUCCUCUUGGCAGCUUGCUCAAAAGGUGGGGAAGCGGUGGGGUUUGUCAUGCAGGAACGUGGCCGCUUUCAUUCCACGGUCUCCAGGGGCUUGGUCCAGGCUCCUCACCGUUUGAUCCUGCCUCUCCUUAGAGCAGGGACAAGCCUAACCCCUCUCCUGCGGCUCGAGGGCCAGUUGCCCAAACCGAGCAUUGUUUCACAGGCGUGGGCUGAGGCUGAUCUAGUCUCCAGCACUGAGCUCUGAGUUGUAAUGCAAAGUGCCAUGUGAAACAGGUCUUUCUUGGGGGUUUAAAGGUGGAAUCCGCUGGCAGGAAGAGGCAUAGACAUUCCCAGCAGGCAAAUAAUGUGCUCAGGACCUGUUCAGCUGUAGCGGUCAGCAGCAGACACUGUGUACAGUACAGACUGUACCUAAAUUGUCCCUGGGCUGUAUCUUGCCAGUCUGAUACUGCAGCGCAAACAGAAAUCUUUGGAGUAGUCUUAAGUAACAGGUAAAUAAAUGUGGUGUUUGUUU